AUGACUGCGCAUGACAUCCUUGACAUGACUGAAACGAACACAGCUUCUAAUCUCGCCAGCACAGGGGCCUGGCAUUUCGAAGGGAGAGUGCAAGAUGCAGUAGCACUGCCCAUGCCAAUAUCUGUGGGUAGGUUUUCCCAGGUUGCCAUCGACUGCGCACUCGCGCCCGCGGAUCUUCCGGGCCCGGGCGCCUAUGAUGGCGCUGCCGCCCCGAAGCCAGGGAAUGCUGCUGGGGCCGUCACGCAGUUCGUGUCGAAGAGCCCCAUGGCGCAUGAUGUCCAGGUCAAGGAUCAGCAGCGCACGCCUGGUCCAGGCGCUUACACCAUCGUGGGGUCGAUCGACAGGGCCCUCAAUGACCUGCAGGAUGCGAAGCUACUUUUCUACUGGAUGCCAGCCUUCGCCAUCGCUAAGUGCCCUGCUGGUUGCGAAAUGGCAUGA